AUGAAGCAAGUCGUGAAUGCGUGGAGUGUCCUGUUGCUCUUUACCGGGGCUGUCGUCAGCCAUGGAAGAAAAAUUGUGCAGGACCACCGCGCUGCGAUUGAGACAGAUGCAGACAAGGAGUUUGGUACGGCCACGCUUCAGCGAUUUGAAGCGAAAGCCAUGCAGUUGCUGGCUCACCUCGAAAGCAAGAUCAACAGCGUCGAUACUCACCGUGUUGAGCAGGAUGCACCGCAGAUCGUGACCAUACCGGAAACUGCAACGCUUCCAGCACGCAACACAUCGCAUCCGAUGGAAAUGUUCGAAGGAUGCAAGGCUUCGAGCCCUGUGGAGGCCUUGCUCCGGCGAGCCAGCCACGUGCACGAGGAAAAGGAAGAAACCCAGGAGGCUGUCAAUGAGUCGACGGGUGCAAGGUGUGCACUGUACCAGAUGCCAAUGACGUACUACCGUUGGGAUACAUCCACUGCAAGCAGUAGCUGCUGUGACAGCCGCAGCAAGGACUGCAGCGGAUGUGAGAAGAUGGAAAGCGGCAAAUGCGCCGUGCGCGAGUCCGCUUUUGUCCAGCUCAAGGGAGACGACAUGCACACCGCAUGCAUGGACAUCGUCUGGGUGAAUGGCAAAGGAAAGACGUGCCAGCAGCUGAGUUCUGCGGACUGCAACGACUUCCGAUUUCAGGGCACCAGCAGCCGGGAAGCCUGCUGCAAGUGCGGAGGCGGUGUGAAGACGGCUACUUCUUUCAAGUAUGACGACCAUACGUACAUUCUUGGUGAGCAAGUGUCCAUGUGGCCGCAGCCUCGCACGGCCAUGCGCUACGGUCUCAACGAGGGCUGCGAGUUUGCCAUGUACAACCUGACGUUGAAUGGUGCGACUGGCGAGGUGAGCUUUAUCAAGGGUGCAGGGAAGCCAAAAGAACCUUUUAGAAUCAGCUGCAAGGUCACGGCCUUCCAGCCGCAUCACUUGUUCUUCACGGCCACGGUGACAGUUUCGAUGGCCGAGCUGUCGUAUGGCCCUUCUCUACUGCUGUUCACGGCGAAGACGAAGAGCUACACCUUGCAGAAGUUUUCUCCACCCAAGAGCCACUGGAAGGACUUCCAGAUGAUGUGUGCGCCGGAUGCAAAGUGGGUGACGAUGGACAAAACGGGGGACUUGAAGCUUGCAGAGGCGAAAGAGACAGGUGCUGUGGACAUCGUCAAGGACCUCUACAAAGGCCAGACGGCGACGGUCUGCCAUGUCUUUGCGCUGCUGCGAAAGAGCCCUACUGCAGAGUGGGAGAAGAAAACCGUCGAUUUUAUCCUCGUGAAGCCGAAGCCCGCGAAGAAGUUAUCCUACUCUACGAGCCUCAUCGCCAGCUCCAUUUCGCAAGUGGUGCCGCCGGUUCUUCCAGUGCCCUUCAAGGAAGGCGACAUGGCGCCGAAUGCAUACACCAUGCGCUGUGACAAGGGGGGCUUCACCUUCGACAGCCUCCAUGGCAUCGGCUUCUACGAUGGCCAUCCCCUGCUGGAGCUGCAGCCCAAUGGCCAGCUGAGCCUCAACAUCGGCCCAUCCUUUGUGCACAUCUUCGAUAGCAUGGGCAACAGCAAGCAGAACAGGAAGAUCGGCUUGCUGGACCUGAAGCUGAAAUGCCGCAUCUUCGGCUCCUUUGGGGAUCCAGAACUCGAGCCCAUCUCCGCGCGCAUGGACAUCGUGGUGUCGGAUUCUACCUGUUGGGUCCAGGAGAAGAUGCCAUAUCGAAAUAUCAGGCGUUGGCACGGCGUGAACAGCCAUGCGGAAUGCCAGAACAUUUGCAGGAACACCGCGAGCUGCUCUCACUACCGCUACAUUCGGCGCGGCAGCGGCAGUGCCAAUGCCUACUGCUACGACACCAAGCGGGACGAGACCAGAACCGCCUCCACCGUUUGGUCCAAAGUUCCAGAUUGCAAUCCCAUGAAUACGUGCGUCCAAGUGGAUGCACCGACCUGGCUGGAACGAGGCAUUUAUUGCCCCGUGGGCUACGACAUCGACCGUCAGAGCAUGACGUACCUCAAGGAUGGAAAGACUCCAAAGGAGACGAUUUAUCUGCGCCGGUACAAGGCUGGUGUUGACCGAACAGUGGAUGGCUGCAACAGCGGCGGAUGGUUGCUGCAAGAAAAGAACGCGAACGACUUCGUGAGCUUGUCUAAAGGAGUUUUCGAGUUCUCCGGACCUCUUGUCGGCUGCAAGGUGAAGGGGGUGAGCUACACCGGCCUUCCUUGCGAGCAGCCGGGAAAUAUCACAGAGGAGGGAGCUGACAUGCAGCCGAUUAUCUUGGACGACCCAAACACAGAGGAUCCUGCCGACUUCUGGCUCCAUCCAUGCGAUUGUGCGAGCAAGAUGUGGGGCGACAAACCGCCCGUGGAUCCCCAGGUUUUCGCACAGAUGCCGCCAGAGUCUCCUGACGAGUUUGUUCCGUCCCCAAUGCUGAUCGUGGAAGGACAGUUCGUCUGUCCCCCCGGUUACAUGCUCGGGGAUGGGCCCCUUUUCGAGAGCGACAUCGAGUCCAUGGAGGUCGGAGACUGUGAGAUUCGAUGCAAGAACAAUGACGACUGCCACUUCUUCUGGCACGGUUCGCAGCAUUCUGCGAACACCUGCCGGUUGUACUCGAGAUGUAACAAUCUUCUACGUGAGCCCGGUGUGGAGGGCGUGCUGAAAGCAGUGCCUCGUUCGCCUGUCUGCCUGGUGAACAACCCCGAGAUGUGCUGGACCAAAUCGAUGCGACGCUACGCUCUGACUAGUCAGCAGCCACCCGGCGAGUUCCAGUUCCUGUACUGGACUCUGCAUGCCCAAUGCGACUACAUGCUCUUGCUCGGAGGCUGGGGAGUGAGCGCAUGCACACGCCCGUCCCACCGCACCCUCAAAAGCCAUCGGUGGAAGCACAAGAGGCUUUUGCCUGAAGAGUUCCCUCACGGCACGAGGCUGAAGGCCACAUGCUGGAACGAGCGCUACAAGGGGAUCCGCCUGGGGAUCCGUGGCGAUGAGGUGGCCACCUGCGUAAGUGGCAGCUGGUUCAGUUCGAGCAAUUUCCCCGGCUUCGGCGACUUUUCCUGCGUCGGCUGUGUGCAGGUCGGCACGAGUGGAUUCGGCGAUGUAGAAACCAAGCGGCAGCAGGAGCUUUACUACUUCAACAAGCUUGCACUGUCGAUACACAGUGAGGUGAACCCUAUCGCCGAUGCCAAGGUGAAUUGCAUGGAGCCCGUCCGCCCCAAGGCGGGUCAGGAGACCUCGCUUCCCGAGGACCUGAAGAAGGUGCACACUUUCGACCUCAAAGGCCACGACUUCACGAUCUUGAACGAUGUGAUUGGCGACAAAACCUUAUGGGCCAACGACGAGGCUUCGAAGAACAAGUAUACUUACCAGAGCUUGCCGGAGGCUUUGGCGGCUUGUGCCGUGGAUAGCAACUGCUGGUUCGUGUCGCGGUCCGAGGGAACGAAGGUGGGCCUCGCACUUCGCAGGUUCGACUUGCGGAAAGGGAACAUGGUCCGGUUUGUUGGUGCCAAGACCUGGGUGAAGUCCCUCGCGAAUCCUUGCAUCGGCAACUGUGCCGCCCUGCGGCCGGUGAAGUGUGGCCCUGGUGUCAAGGCCUGUGGCAGAUCCGUCGUUGAUGGCCGCAAGGCAGGAUCCUUGUGGAAAGUAUCUCCUCAUGCGGACUCCCUCCACUGCCACCAGAAGAAGUGGGUCCAGAUCGACCUCGGAUCAAUCAAGGAGUUUGAUCAGGUGAAGGUCUUUGGCUAUGCAGAUGGGCGCAGAUACUGUGGCCACUCUAUCCUGGUGUCCAACAACGAGAAAGACUGGAGACACGUGUAUGCGAACAACGGUUGGAAAGCGCAUGAGCGUGGCCAAGGUAACACCUUCAACCUUGGCUCGCAAGUCGGUCGCUAUGUGCGCGUCUAUGCCAGCAGGAGCACCUCCAAUGCUGGCAUCCACCUCCUCGAGAUUGAGAUCUACCGAGCAGCAGUGCAUCAGCCAAAGCUACCCGGGUCCCACUGGAUCACCGACCAGCACGUGAAAGAGCUGCGGGCCAAGGCGAGGAAGCCCUCGAUUCUCCAGGAUGGCUUGGUCAUGUACUACUACUACGGUCAGUCGCACUGCAAUGUCCCCGACCUCAGCAAACUGACGCCCGAACACUACGUGAUUGUGCCGAAGGUGUCUGGGUUUCCCGGAAUCCGUCAACAUGAUCAUUUCUGCGUCAGGUGCGUUGGAUUCGUGAACAUCAGGAGAAGAGGCCAUUACUAUUUCUACACGUCCUCGGACGAUGGCUCCUUGCUGUACUUAGACGGGCACCUGAUCGUCAACAACAACGGUUGUCAUGGAAACCAGCAGCGGGGGAGUACCCGGCGCUGGCUAGAAAAAGGAAGGCACCGCUUGGUGGCGGACAUGUGCGAAAACGCUUGGGGCGAGUACUUCGAGGUGAGAUAUAAAGGGCCAGACACUGGCAAUCACGUGAUCGCGAUACCGAGAUCUGCCCUGAAGUAUGAGAAGGCUGCCACGGAGGUGGAGCUGAAGGACGGUGCGGAGUGUAAUUACUAUUACGGCCGGCACGAUUGCAACGUGCCAAACCUUGACAAUCUGAACCCGUCCCAUAUCGUGACCGUGCCAGAGAUCUAUAUGGACCGGCACCCCCCCAAGGAGUCGUGCUUUGACCUGCCCAUGGGAGACCGCUUUAUUCAGCUCGGGGAGUGGCGCUUGGGAGAGUUUGACUACAACCACUUUUCCAUCUCACACAAGGAUGGGAAGACGGCCCAGAUCUUCCGCAUCGACGGCACUCUGCACCCUGGACCCCGCAACGACUUUGGCACUUGGAACAGGGGGAUCGGCUCACCCAAAGGGAUCCAUUUCGGCACUGAGUACGUCGAGAUCGGGGCCUUCCGCCUCGGAGCCUACGACGCGACUCAUUUGUCAAUUUCCCACAAGGAUGGCAAGACCGAGCAGAUCUUCCGUGCCGACGGCACUUUGCACCCCGGGCCGCGGAACGACUUUGGCACCUACCGCAACCCGUCGCAGCUCAAGGGCAUCUCUGUCGGUGACCGUUACAUCCAGAUCGGCAAGUUCCGCGUGGGAGAUGUCGAUGGCAGGCACUUUACUGUGACCUCUGAAACAAAGACGAUCCAGAUCUACAGGGAAGAUGGCACGCUGCAUCCAGGUCCUCGAAAUAGCUGGCAGCAGGUCAACCAGAGGGUCCCCUGGAAUUGGUGCCAGAGCAAAUUCACUGAAAUCAAUCAAGCCGACAACUUUUGUGCCAGAUGCACUGCCCAGGUUGCCAUCACGAAAGAGGGGCACUACAAGUUCACGACUGCAUCGGAUGACGGCUCUCUCAUGUACCUGAACGGGCAGCAGAUCGUCGAUAACAACGGCUGCCAUGGCGAACAAGAAAGGACGAGCAGCAACCAGUGGCUCACGCCCGGCUACCACCUGGUGCAAGUGGACAUGUGCGAAAAAGGAGGGGGUGAGGCCCUGAAGCUGCGAUACCAGGGGCCUGACACCGGCAACCGCAAAGUCAAGGUUUCGAAGUCGGUCCUGAAGCACGAGAAGGCGGGACUAGAGUGCAAAUACUUCUAUCACCGGCAUCAUUGUUGGCUCCCAGAUCUGGGCCGCUUGCACGCUCAUCACACUGUUACCGUGCCGGACAUUUGGAUGGACAAUGGCAAGUUCCCUGCCCAUCGUCACCGCGAUGCCUUCUGCAUGAGGUGCAGUGGCUACCUGGUCAUCAGGAAGGCGGGCCAUUAUCGGUUUUGGACCUCCUCUGACGACGGCUCCUUCCUGUUCAUCAGCGGACACAGGGUCGUCGACAAUAACGGCUGCCACGGCACACAGGAGCGCAGCAGCAACUGGAGAUGGCUCCACGCAGGGAAGCACAGGUUGACCGCCGACGUGUGUGAGCACGGGGGUGGAGAGUCCUUCAAGGUGAUGUACCAGGGACCCGACACUGGCAACCGCAAGAUCAAGAUUCCGAAAGAGUCUCUGCUCAAACCUGGGACGGCCACCAACACCAAGUCGUUCCAGGCACUGGACACAGUGACUGCAGACUUCCGAGAGCACGGCACGCUGAAAAGCGGCAAAGUUGUCUUCAGCAAGCACUCGGAGAAGAUAACCUGCAAAAUCUUUUGCGAUGAUGUUCUGGUACAUGAUGAGUACCACAACCGCAUCGGUCACAAAGACCACGAGGUGAACAUUCCAGAGAUCUGCAAGGGGGCCCGCAAAGUCAAGCUCCAAGGAGGUGCCUCUAACGGAGGAACUUGCGGCUUCAAGAGCAACAAGUUGGAGUUGUUCAAGUUCAUGCCGACAAGGACCCUGACGAAAAGUCAAGUGAGCACCAUCAAGGACAGGGCAUACUCCUGCCGUGCUCGCUACUCGGCAGGCGGCCAAGUGACAAUCAAGUUGGACGAUUACGGUGAGAUUGCGCCUGGCAACAAGGUGAACUUUGGCCACCAUGUUUAUUCCAAAUGCGAGGUCCACUGCGAUGGGAAGAAGCAGACGGUCUACAGCGGCCGACGACGCCACAGGCAUCGGCAGACUUUCGAUGUGUCCAAAGAGUGCAUCGGUGCAACGACCAUGGUCCUUAAGGGUGGUGGGCACUGCGGCGGUUGCCAGAUUGACAAAGGACACCUGAAGGUCUCUCCCUAUCCGACGCACCCCUCGGAGGUGGUGAUCCCGGCGAAGAAGAUCGUUGCCUGGUUCAAGAGUGAGGACGCAGGACCUACCUGGCGAAGCAGCGUCGGCAAGUUCACCGCAUCGGCUCGGAGACGGAAUGGAGUGGUCGCCUACACAGCCCGCGGUUAUGGAGCCAAGACUCCUAUCCGCUACAUCCAAGGCCAUACCGGUCAUCAUUUCGACUUCGGGAAGGUUUUGCAGGAUCAUUACACGGUCUGCUCCGUGACCCGCUACCUCUCUGCUGGCGCAACAGGGCGAAUCCUGACAGGCAGCAAAAGCAACUACCUCCACGGACAUCACGCAGCAGGCGUGGGCCUGACCUAUGCAAAUGGCUGGCAGACUCCGACGGGCCUCCGCAAGAAGAGCACCAAGUGGCUCACGAUGUGUUCUUCCCCCGGUGCCAAGUACGUCUUCGUGGACGGUGUUGACGUUGGCACCCAUAAGACAGAUUACUAUCUGAACCAGCACCUCGAGAUCAACGGUCGCCUCUGGCCCAAGGAAAAAUCGGACUGGGCUGUCGCAGAGCUGAUCACCUGGAAUUAUAUCCUCACCAGGGAACAGAUGAAGGAGGCAUCCACGUAUCUCAUGAAGAAGUUGAUGGUGGGAGGUGAGAUGGAUACGUGCAAGGUCAUCCUGAAGCAGCCAGAGCACUGGAGAGAUGAACGGGGCAGCUACAACAAGCAGGUCCUGAAUCGCUUACGGUUGCACAAGUCGACGAAACGCGUUGACUUGGCCCUGGAUUCCACGUCUGGUUGGUGUGCGCCCUCGAACCAAGGACACAAGUGGGUGGAAAUCGACUUGCGAGCAACGGAGAAGGUACUGGGCAUCAUCAUCCAAACCUUCCACAAGUCGGAUGACUACGUCUUUGCUUUCAAAGUUCAGUACAAAGCAUCGGAAAAAGGCAGCUGGAGAACGAUCCCGAACCGCUUCACGGGUAUGUCGCACAAGACCGAGGAUCACGUGCGAGCAUACUUCGCGGAGGCCGUCGAAGCCAGGUUUGUGCGUCUUACAGACUUCUGGUGGCACAGGAACAUCUGUCUUCGAGCUGCAGUGAUGCUAUGCAAGACGCACUUGGACAACGAGGUGAAUCUGCUGCAAGCAAAGACGUGCCCAACGAACUACAACAGCGAGUCCUGGAGUGAGUCGGAUUCGGGUAGCAGGCACCUGCGAAUCGGUGGCUCGCCGGAUUGCCUGCGCGUUGCACAGACAAAGAAGCGGAUGGCCCUUCUUUCCGCAACUUGUGACGGGGACGAUGUCCACCAGAUGAUCCCUUCGUCGGAUAUCGGCUAUCUUUUCACGAUGCUCCAUCGGAACAGCUGGCUCCAGGACAACGUGCUUCUGCCCGGCAUCAAGGCGGAGUACUACUACAACCUGAAAGCGGACCAUUGCGUGAUUCCAGAUCUCACGUGGCGUGCGCCUGACAAGGUGGAAGUUUUACCGAAGCUAGACUUCUGGAAGAAGACCAGCUGGUCAGGCCUCAAGCACAACGACAAGUACUCUGCCAGGAUGAGUGGUGUGCUAAUGAUCAAUGAGCCAGGUUGGUACGAAUUCUGGCUCUGGGCGGACGACUCUUCCCGCAUCUUCCUAAAUCACAGAGAGAUUGGGAGCCUCGGCGGCUGCGGUGGCACACGCCACAGGCACGUAAAGAGGAAGCUGACCAUGGGAAGCUGGCCAAUAGAGGUGCAGUUCUACGAAUCUGCGGGACAAGCUUCCCUGCGCUUGGAGUACCGAGGGCCGGACACGCACAACAAGAAGACGAUUGUGCCAGGGACUGCUUUCGCCCACAUGGCGGAUAAGACGCAGUGGAUGCCGACCUCUGCGAUCGCACGCGGCUGUAUUGGAAACACUGCCCUGGGCUCCUUGCAACCGGACAUGUUCCUAGUAAGCGACUUGGCCAAAGGAGUCCCAGUGGACUGCCGCUUCGUGCCCCUGCUCUCGAAGGAGCUUCCUGUUCAGAUUGCGACGACCCGCUCUUUCAAGGACAACACCUGGCCUCAGUGGUGGGAGGAUCUCGAGAGCUGGGAGAUGGCCUGUCCUGAGGGUAAGGUGCUCCAGUCCCUGGACAUGCUCAAUGUCAAUAACAAGCUUCAGGUCAAGUACACCUGCGCCACAGCAUCGGGUCUCGGACAGUGCUACCCAGGUUGGACGGACCAGCAGGAUGCGCACGAAUUCAAGGAUUCUCUCCUGUCCAAGAGCAUCUUGAAGCGCUUGCACAUCGUCUGCCCACAGCACGACCUGCUGAGUGCCGUCCACUUCGAAUACUCCGAAGGAGGCUUGUGGGCGCGCUUCAAGUACGUCUGCUGCAAGGAAGCAGGUGCUCCAGUCGCCAUGGUGUCAAAAGGACCGGACCACGCCCGAGUGAACCGCCUUGAGGGCACUUACUGCCCGGAGAAGGUUGGUUCCUCUGGCCGCUUGGACUACAUCCAGAAAGCCUGGGGUAGCUGGCAGACCAAGAAGCUCGCGAGGUUGACUUUCAGCGAGGUCUCGGGCAAGUGGUGCAUAGGAAGCGAUUGUUCGAGCCCGGGCGACAACGUGGAGCCGAUGGGCUUGCAGCUCGGCGGCUUCGAUGCCACGGAGGUCAGCGACUUCGACGGCAAGUUCGAGGCGAAGGGUGUGAAGCCCAACACUGGGGGGCUCCUGGGCCAAUCCCCGGUGCCGAAGGUGAAGCCUCCACCGCCUCCCAGAAGGCCGAAGGCUCCCAAGAAGCCCACACUGGAGACCUUCGAGCCCGAGAUGCCCAAGUACUCGGACAAGUGCGUCGGGUAUGGAGACCUCUGGAAGAAGGUGCAGGAGACGACCGUGAAUGAGGCCGGAGAGGAGGAGUCGCAUGCAGAGGAGCUGGAGACUGAAGAGGAAUCACAAAGCGGAUACAAAGCGAUGCAUCCUUGCGACCUGGCGGGUUCCUACGGUGGGCUCCGGAGCAAGUGGGCCGGAGGCGAUGGCAAAGCAAUCCCGAAGCCAAUGCCCUACAACGAGCUGAUGGGUUGCCUGGACCGAGAUGGCGCCGCGUCCUUUAAGGGCCAGGAGAUCGUCCGGCAUCUGAACUUCAUCAUCGAAGGCAUGAACCUUCCCGCAGCUAUUGCAAGCACAACGUGCACCUUUGCGCCGGAGAUCCUCACAGCUCCAAUGGGCUUCGGAGCAAGCGCCGACUUGGCCGAUAUUUGCAAGGGCAUCGUCCACUCAGUGACUGCGGGCGUCAAGCUUCUCAAGUAUGCAGGAUCGGAGAUCCUCCGGAGCCAAAUCAAUAAAGCUGCGCGGGCAGACUGCGACGCCACCCAGGCGAACUUCGCGCGAAUGUUCUGUGAUGUUCAUUGCGUCCGGGAUGCGGUGAUCCGAGGAGACAGAACCAUCCUCCGCAACCUGAAGAAAGCAACGGACAUCACAAAUGGCAACACUGAGAAGCUGGCGGAGUGGAUUGUCAAAACCCAGCAGCUUGACGUCUCUUGGCUGGCGGAGAAGAUUGACCACCAAUCUGUGGUGCAGAGCUUAGAGUCCACCAAGCAGUUCACCAAUAUCAAAGAGCUCCUCACAGGUGGAGACAAGAAGGAGUUGUUCCUUGCGAUCAAGCAACAGACAAUCCAGCUGCAAUCGGAGCUCCGCGGCUAUGUCGAUGGAGCAUCCUUCGGCAAGGCAUCGCUAGUGGCAGCCAGCGAUGCCCUGGAGAAGUUCAACGGCAACAGCAAGUCCGUCCUCCAAGAUGGCAACAGCACCGAGCAAGUCUUCGCGGCCUUCGACAGCUUGGUGUCCCUGAGAGCCAAACUUCGGACCGCCUCAGAUCAACGCAGCAGGGUGGAUCACGUCGCACUGUCCGUGAUGCAAGGCGCUCGGCAGAUGCAACAGCAGCUGAAGCUGCAGCGCGCGACGUUGGGUAUCUACAGGGAGAAUGGGAACCGCACGCUUCAGGCAGCUCGUCAGAGGUCCAGCUUGGCUACCUCUGAGCGCCAUGCGAUGGUUCUGGACCUGGAUCGCAUUUGGUGGAAAAUCCGUGGAGCUGUGGAUUCCUAUGUCGAUGAGGCAGAGAACGAAAUCAACAGCUUCGAGUCCGGAUCACAAGCAAUGGCCAACUACCAGCAAUGUUCCAUGGACUUCGCCAGCCUCCUUUCUAUCUAUCGGCACACCAUGGCGGUCACCGACAGCUCCCACAGGGCCCUCAAGAAGACUUGGCGGCUGUGUUCGAAUCUCAUUGGCGAGUUGGCGUCCCACUUGGACGACGGCGAGGCCUUCGUCACCUUCCUCCAGCAGGAAGGCUGCGCGUCCCCUUUGGCGUUCCAGACCCUGGAGCAGGUCCGUGACGUGAUGGGCAGCUUGAGGAUGCUUUACCAUCGCUUCGCCGUUUCGGGCCUAGCUUCACCAGAACUCAGCUUCGUGGAAUCCACGGUAGAUCGGAUCAAGAAGACCUGGUCAAGUGCACAAGCAGUUGUUUGCAAUCGGACCCGGGCACAGCUUCCGAGUUGGUACUUGAUGCCUGUGGACACGGAGAAAGCCCUCGAGCAGCUGGAAGCGAUCCAGCAGUAG